AUGGCUUGGGAGGCAAUUAUCACGACCUUUGUGGUUCUGAUUCAGCCAUUCAUGCCCUCCUACCGCCGCUACCGUACCUCAGCGUCAGGUAACCCCAUCGGUCUUUUCAUCUCGCACGCCCAUGCCAUGCAAACACAUCCACAAUCCCAUGUCCCUUUUUCCCCCAUGCGCGUUGACAAAAAUCAUACAAGGGGCGGGCAUACUGCCGCCAGGAAAAGAAAACAUACCCGCCAACCAGUCUUUCAUAUACCACAGUACAACACGAGCUAUGCGAGAUGA